GUUUGUGUGCGUGUGUUCCAUGUCUGUUUGUAGGAGUAGAUUUACACGGGUUCUGUUCAUAGUUAUAGUGUACUAUGGCUUGCAACAGAUAUCUCUGUUUAUAAGUCAUAAAGAGAAAGAAAAAAAGAUAUAUUGGCAAGCCACACUUUACCAGCAAUGGCUGAGGAUUGUAGUAAUGUAAGAAAGAUAUUUGUUUCGGUGUCACCAUCUGAGUACGAGAGUUCACCAAGGACCGGAGUCAAGAUGCCAGAUCACAUGGCACCAACUGCCUUGCCCUUUGAUCAACCAGAAGUCAGCGGUGGUGAAGAACCUCCAAAUGAUCCUGGGCCAAGUACAAGACCCAUCAAGAGAAGGAAGAAAUAUCACACGAUGGCAGAUGAAUAUCGCUUGAAUCGUAUCAUGAGGGAUAAGGACUUCAAGCUGGAGAGGAGUAAUUUCUACAGUUUCAAGGAUACUCUUGGAGACUGGGAUGAAAGAGCCACUCAGUUCUUGAUACAGCUUAUGCAGAAAUACCCUAAAUGUCACUUCAUUCUGUCCUCCAAAACGGAGAAGAGAAUGGUCCAUUGGGAAGCUGCUCACAAGGAAAUGGAAAUGGCUGGCUACACUUUCACAAUCCUCCAGCUUCGUAUGAGGUGGAGAGAGGUCUUACAGAAGUACAGAUGGACAGUUGAUUACAAUGACACUCAUGAAAUCAAGAAGAGGUGUGAAUACUUUGAUGAAAUGAACCAUCUCUUUGGUGAGUGGGAUAGUGAUGCCACCAAUUCAUUGCUAAACCAGAUGCACCGAGUUAAACUAGAAAACAUUAACAAGAAGAUCAUGCGAAUUGGUUUCAGUGGAUGGGAGAAGAUCACUGAGAAUAUCAAUUGUGAUGGAUAUAGAUUCUCAGUAGACAUGGUUGAGGCUCGGUGGCGCAACCUGGUAACACUGUACAAGACCAUGGUUGACCACAAUGCCCUGCCCAAUGUUGAGGCUUACACGAUUGCAUACAAGGAGGAUUUGGAAAAACUUGUGAAUUAUGUUCCCAAACGUAGACAUAAUUAUGAGAAAGUAAAAGGACGCUCGGUGAAGAUUGAACGAUUCCCCUCAAAUGGAUCGCGAAUAUUACUGCAAGCAUACAAAGAGUCUGUGAAAAGGUUCAUGGAUCCCAAUGUAGACAACAAUCUUCUCUGGGAUGAAAUAACUGAGAAACUGAAAGAGGAGGGCCUGGAUGUUUCUGCAUAUAAAGCAAAGGAAAUCCUCAAUGGCAUGAUAAAGGGAUUUGAAAAAUGCCAGUAUCACAACAGCCUUCCUGGAGCCAUAAGGAGAGAUGUCCCUUAUUACCGACAACUUGCUGAAAUUUUUGGAGUUUGUGGCAGGUGGCCUCACACUCAGACAUCAAGAACAAUGAAGAUGAGAAAUCUGAGGAAGUUCAGAUUGCGAUUGCAGGCCAGUCAGCAGCUGUGGUCUUCAGAGGAAUCCCGCACUCUGCUCCAAGUAUAUCCACAUGUGUUAGAAGGUCACGUGAGCCAAACUCUAAGUUACCAGUCAAGUGAUCUCUGGCUGCAGGUGGCCAAGGCUUAUGCUGCAACAGGAUAUCCAAAAAAAGAUGUACCUGAGAUUGCAAUUCACAUUGGCCUUUUGCGGCAGGGUUAUGCCCAGGGCAACUUAUUUCCCUUUAUGGAAGAAAUGCGCAAAGUUAAAGAGAUGGAAGAAGCUGUGUGUUACAGUCCUGAUGUCUCAAAAUUUACUGGGGAUGUUGAAAUAACCUACUGGAGUCAUGCAGCUGUCAACCAUCUGCUUGCCCUGUAUAUUGAGCACCAGGCUGCAAGUUCAUCCCCAGCAAACAAAGAAAUAGUUUUCGAGAAAAUUAAAACUAAUAUGGUUAAGUUAGGAUAUGGUUAUACCAAAGAAGAAAUCCAAGAGCAGUUCAGAAUAAUCUUGACGCAGUACAACACGAGGAAAUCAAAGCUGUGCGUGUCCCCAUUGACCCCCCAGCACUCCCACAACCCAGACACCAUCUCCUACUGGAACCUGCUGCGGGAGGUGAUUCAGCUGAGGAGGUCCUUGUCCCUCAGUUGGACAAAAGGAGCAAAGGCCUUAUCAAGUCAGGCCAGAAACAUUUUAUAUAAUGUGGCUCGGCAAGAAGUUGAUAGGAUUGUGAGCAAGAAACCCAUAAGCAUGACUCAAGGCAAGAUUAUCACACAGAUUCUGCAAGAUAUACAAAUUCACAUCAAGGCAAAAAAGCUUUUGGAUCCUGUGCCAAAAACACGGCAAGUACGAUUGCAUCUGCUUGAUGCUUUGAGAAAAUAUGAGGAACAGAAAGAGACCAAUGAGGACAUAGCUUUCAUUCACCAGUUUUUGAAGGUUAACAACAUGACAAAACUGUUCCAGGGGAACUUGACAGAUUCUGACAUCCUUGAACUUAAAUCCAGGUCUAAGAAAAGCUUGAAAAAGAGAAAAGGAAUAUACACAAGGACCUCAGGUAAAGUAAUAAAGAAAUUAACUAUUAUUAUUUAUUUUACGAUGAGGAUGUGUAUAUAUACACAUGCUGUGUCAUUCACUAUACAGUAAGUCCCCAACUUAUGG